AUGGCCGCCAAAUUUAUCCCGCGCACGGUCUUCCCCUUCUCCGAGUCGAUUCCGCGGUCGUACUUCUUGGGUCAUCAUAAGGCCGGUCUGGAAAAAAUGAAGCAAAAAGUGGACUCAGUGAACUAUGUCAUUGAAUGUCGAGAUAUACGAAUCCCAGUCACUUCUAUCAAUCCUUUGUUCGAGGAGGCUCUAGGGGCUAAAAAGCGUCUCAUCGUAUAUACGAAGCGAGACCUACUAGAUACCGACAGUGUAUUUCGAAAGAAUAAAGAGCGGAUGCGCAAACUCGAUGAGAAAACCCCCGUCUUUUAUACUACAUCCACUUUCGCGACUUCUGCAAAGCCGAUAUUGGAACAAUUAAAGUCAGAUGCACAAAGACUACAAGAAUUCGGUUCGUGUCAGGUGAUGGUGGUGGGCAUGCCUAAUGUUGGAAAAUCCACAUUGAUAAACUGCCUUCGGAACACAGGGGUGUUUAAACCUAAAGCCGCGUAUACAGGCGCUGAACCUGGUAUAACGCGCAAAGUUGGAACGCCGAUUAAGAUCUUGGACGACCCGAAUCAAUCGGCAGUCUACGUCUUGGAUACGCCAGGAGUCUUUGUACCCUAUAUGCCUGAUGGAGAAAGGAUGCUGAGAUUGGCUCUUUGCGGUUGUGUCAAAGACACAAUUAUAUCCCCAGUUACAAUCGCAGACUACCUUCUAUAUCACAUCAACCUAAACACGCCGGCCGUCUACGAGAGGUGGAGCAAACCUACCAACGAUAUAAGCCAUUUUCUUGACCAGUUUGCUCACCAAACUGGUAUUCUCGGAAAAGGCGGGAUACCUAAUACCGAUCAAGCUGCGCUUAAUUUUGUACACAAGUGGCGAGCAGGUGAAAUGGGGAGCUUUCUCCUGGACGACCUACAGCUGGAAUUAUCUGAGCGGAAAAGAGCUCGUCAUCUUGAAAAGCCGUCCUUCGGAGGUAAGGGAAAAUGGGAAGCAAAAAUAGAAGCUGAUAAAAUUGCAGGCAGGUCGAGGAAAGAGCGGAAAAGAGAGGAGCGAAAACAAACAUGA